AUGUUCGAGUGGAGUUAUCAUAGUUAUGGAUGGUCGACAAAGUCUACAAAAUCUCCCACACCUUUUUCAUUGGGCAACCGGAAUUUUCCGUAUUUCGGUGAAGAUUUAUUGACGCAUUUGAAGCAACCAGGAGUUUGUCAAGCGUUUUUUGGUGACAUUCACGAGUACGAUUAUAAUCGCUUAAGAAUUGCGGAAGAAAAAAAUGAGAGAUUGAAAUUGAGGUAAUCAGAUUCUUUUGGAUAAUUUUGAAGAAACGCAUUAUUUAUUCAGAUCAAAAAAGCGACAUUUGCACAUUGUUUCACAACUCGAAAACCUAGAACUUGGCCAAAAUCUCUACGGCCGUCGAAGUUUGUCAAGCACAAUUUUGAAUUCGGAACAUCGAGAAUAUCGAUUCGAUCAAAGACUUACGACAGAAUUCAAUGCUGUUCCAUUGAAAAUGGAAAAUCGUCGAGUAAUCGUGGAAACGACACAACAACUGAUUUCUUAUAAUAAAUUCGAAAAAGACUUUGAUCUUUCGUUUGUAGAAGAGCCAUUUGAAAUUUGGAAAGUUUUUUUGGUUGAUUGUGAGCAGAAUAAUCGGACGGAAAGCUUUGCAUUUGUUUUGCGAUCACUUAGGUUUGACGUGUACAAUUUGAACCAGCGGGACCCUAUCAAAAAAUUCAUUUUGCCAGUGAUUAGAAAUUGCACGUGCAUGUGAGUUACAGGGGAAAUCAAGAUUUUUUGAUAAAAUAUCGAUUCUAGACUCAAUCUUUGUCUUCAGAGAAAUGAAUUGGAACAAAAAGAAUGAAUCACUUUGCAUCAAAAUUGGAGGAACGUAUAAUACAUUUUUUCUACUUUUCGAUAUUCUUUCAUUGGAAUGUUUGACCAGUUUUGUGGUGAAACAUAGUGUAAGCUUGUUUUUCAAAAACAAAAAUUCAACAUUUUCCUUCAGGCGUGCAACAAAAUUCGGCGUGGAAAGAUAUCACAACUAGAAUUGAAGCAAGAUAUUUUACAUAUUCGAUCGGGAACUCGAUUGUUUCUAUAUUCGUUUCCAGAAUAUUGGGAGAAUGUUGGGAAUUCGAGACGAAUUACAGAUGAGGAAUCAUCGUCAGAAUUGCCAAUAGUUUUUGAAAUUUCAAGAUUCGGUAGACCACUUUUUGUUAUUAAUGAAACACAUCAGGUGAGUAUGUACAACGGCUUUUGAGUAAAAAUCACCAUCAUUUCAGAUUAUCCAUGUGUUUCCGAAUCAUCCUUUCAUCUAUGUAUUUCCACGAUUAUCACAUCCUUCAUUUUCUGGAAAUUUCUCACAUCAUCAAUUCGCAAUUCCUGAUCUCAAAAACCCCGAAACCCUCGUCAAUUUCGAUCAAACGUGCACAUUUCCCCCGAAGCGUCGCGGUAUAAACUUUAGCGAUUUCGAGAUGUUGACCAAAAACGGUUCGGCUUUGAUAUUUGCUGACGAUUUGACUUCAACAUUUCUCGUAUUCGAAAAAUUCGAUUUGGUCAAAUAUUAUGUGAGCAAUUGUGAAGAAACAGUUAGACAAGUUUGGAAGACUUCGAUAUUUCCGAAUGUUGAAAAUCGCAAUUUCUAUCGAAGAGAAAAGUAUGAGAGAUCGAAACAGAAUGGAUUUGGACUAAUUUUUGAUGGUGAUAAAACAUUAAGCAAUCAUUUUGUAAGUCCAAGUGUUUUAUAUUUUUAAGUUAGACGUGAUUUUUUUUCAGAAAAUCCACAAUGCUUAUCAAUCGAAUGAUGGCGAAAAUAUAAUAGUUUAUCUAUCAAUUGAAAAUGGCGAACUUUUACCAAAUGGUUAUUUUAUUAGAUCUAAAAUGGCACUUGGAAGCCAAACAAUGCGAUUCGCUUUUAUCAUCGAUGAUAAAAAUGGAGAAAUAUUGAGAAUUAUUCCAAUAUCAAUACGAUGUGAAAAAUAUGGUCGCCCACCUUGUGAAUUCACAUUAGAUGAUGAUAUUUUAUUAAUCCCAGAAGAUUCCUCGUUAGAAGUUUCAAUGAUGGAAGUAUGGGAACUGAUGGAGCCACAACAAUAUAUUAUUGAUGAUAACUGA